CCUGCCGUCGAUCUAUUACCAACGUUACGGUAGGAGAGGGCGAAAAAAAUGACGUAGAGGCACACCUCCAGCUUGGAAGGACACCAACCGGCCCGAGGAGGCACCUCGGCACCAAGGACAGGCCGACCAGACUGGCUCCUCCAGCCGCAGCGGCAGACGCAAACUCUCGGUCGGCAGAUCCGGAGCUCCCUACGCCGACAGUGUUUAACGGCGUCCGCACAGGCGUCUCUGGCUUGCUGAACUCAUCAUAUUUCACUACCGACCAGACCAGCUUGGACAAUGCCCCUCUGAGAGAGAGAGCUGAUUUCAAAUUGAGCCCAAACAGGAUUUCAACAUGUCCAGCUCUCAGAGGGACAAUGGCUCUGCAAACUCAGCAGAGGCUAAGAAAACAGACCUGAGAAUAAAUGAGAAGAAAUGUUCAUGGGCUUCCUAUAUGACAAAUUCUCCAACAGUGAUCGUAAUGAUCGGCCUGCCUGCAAGAGGGAAGACGUACAUGUCAAAGAAACUCACACGUUACCUCAACUGGAUAGGAGUCCCAACCAAAGUGUUUAACUUGGGCGUAUACCGCAGAGAGGCCGUCAGAGCUUAUAAAUCUUAUGAUUUCUUCCGCCACGACAAUGAGGAAGCCAUGAAAAUAAGAAAGCAGUGUGCUCUGGUCGCUCUGCAGGAUGUGAAGGCGUACCUGACGGAGGAGGGAGGACAGAUCGCGGUUUUUGAUGCAACAAACACAACAAGAGAACGGCGAGACCUCAUUCAAGCCUUUGUGAAAGAGCAUGCAUUCAAGGUGUUCUUUGUGGAGUCAGUGUGUGACGACCCAGAGGUCAUUGCUGCUAAUAUUCUGGAAGUGAAGGUGUCCAGUCCAGACUACCCUGAGAGACACAGAGAGAGAGUAAUGGAUGACUUCCUUAAACGAAUUGAGUGCUACAAGGUCACUUACCAACCGUUAGAUCCUGAUAACUACGACAAGGACCUUUCUUUUAUCAAGGUGAUGAACGUGGGCCGACGUUUUCUGGUGAACCGGGUGCAGGACUACAUCCAGAGUAAGAUUGUCUACUACCUCAUGAACAUCCACGUUCACUCUCACUCCAUCUACCUGUGUCGGCACGGAGAGAGCAACCACAAUGUUGAAGGCCGCAUCGGAGGGGACUCGGAACUUUCUCCUCGAGGGAAACAGUUCGCCCAUGCCCUGCGAGAUUUCAUUGAGGAGCACAAACUGUCAGAUUUGAAGGUGUGGACGAGCCAACUGAGACGGACCAUCCAGACAGCGGAGGAGCUGGGGGUGCCUUAUGAACAGUGGAAGAUACUCAACGAGAUCGAUGCUGGUGUGUGUGAGGAGAUGACCUAUGAGAUGAUCCAGAAGACAUUCCCAGAGGAGUUUGCUUUGAGGGACCAGGACAAGUACCACUAUCGCUACCCAGGAGGAGAGUCCUACCAGGAUCUUGUUCAACGACUGGAGCCGGUUAUCAUGGAGUUAGAGAGACAGGGCAACGUGUUGGUCAUCUGCCACCAGGCUGUGAUGCGCUGUUUGCUGGCUUACUUCCUGGACAAAAGUGCAGAGGAUCUACCGUACAUGAAGUGUCCGCUCCACACAGUGCUCAAACUUACCCCUGUUGCAUAUGGUUGUAAAGUGGAGAUGUUUUAUCUUAAUGUGGAGGCGGUAAACACACAUCGAGACCGGCCUCUUGGUAAUAUCCCGAGGGACUCUGCUCUCAUACAUCGGCGGAAUAGUUACACUCCCUUGUCCAGUCACGACCAGGUCAAGCGUCCCAGGCUCUACAGUGCGGGUAAUCAGCCCUGGCUACCUCUCGCUCCCACCCCAUCAGCUCUGAUGCCAGAGGGACGGCAAAGCCAAUGCUUCAGCCCAUCUCCACAUUUCUAUCUAUCUCUCUCUUUCUCCGCUUUCUCCAACCCUGUGUUUCAGCCCCGGAUAGGAAGCAGUUGUCUGAGUCCCUGUGCGAAGGAAUCGACUUUGACAGCCCCGAAGAAACUAGUGGCUGUGUCCGCUUCUGAGUGAGGAUGAAAGCCUCUUUCUUCAUGGCACAUUGUCGGCAAAAGUUUUGGGUGAAGCAAAAGACAGAAAGAAAUGUUUUUUUGUUUUUCUUAAACCACAUUUUUGGAAAUCAUGGUCAGAGUAGUGUGGAAUGAUGUCAAACAGUUUGUUUAGAGUACGAGGCAACCUGCACACAAGGUCAUUUUUGUUCCUGUUUAUUUCAACCUCCUGUUUGUCUUUACUCUGCAUGCUGAGGCUUUUAACUGGAGGCCUUGUCAUUAGUAUCAUAAAUUCUUCUGCAUGUGCGCCAAAAGAAAUCAAUCAACCAUCAGAACAUACUGUAUUAUAAAACUGGCAACUAAUCCUCAUCGUACUGUAAAUAAUACAAUGCCUUACUGAACACGAAAUAUAUGGAUAGAUUUAGCUCCUCUGAAUGUAACAGGAACAAGUUAUGCAUUAUUAUGAUGAAAAUCAAUUUUCACUGUUGCAAACAGAAUAUGUUAUAAAGUAGAUGCUGUAAAAAUAUUUUUAUAUUACAAAUCCACUCAUCUAACACAUGCAGACAACCUGUAGUUGUAAUUCUAAGCCAUCAUCUUUUGUGUCUUAUGUUAUAGAUUUGAAAGAAUGUACUCAUCAGGUUCUGAAGGAGAUUAAAAUACUGUACUGAGUUUCUGUUAUGGAAGCAUUUUAUGUGUUGUUAGAAAUUACACCACAUUGCUUGACAUACUGUACACCAGCAGUAUAAAAACCAAGUUACUUUUCUGUCACAAGCUGCAAUUUAUUAACCUAAUGUAUCGAGCUGGUAUUAUCUGUCUUCAUAAACACUAAAUGGUCAAUGUUCAUCUGUUAAUCCAUUGUUCUUUAUACCUAUGUAUUCUAGGAAGCAAUUUUGUGCAACAAAGACAUAACAUGUUGAAGGUAGGUUAGCUGUUGCUUGAUACUUGUGUUCAUGAUAUCAUACUGACCAAGAAUUUGUUUGAAUGGCUUCAUGCAAGUGUAUCUUUUUUUCUUUAAUUCUCCUUAAGAUCAGCUAUUUUUAUCAAAUAACUGAGAGUGGUACGAGUUUCUAUGACUAUGUAAUGUUUGACUGUUGACAAGUUAUUGCCCUGCUCAAAGCAGCCUCUUGUGCCUUUUUAGCAGACAAUAAAAGUGAGUUUUGAAGUGACA